UGUGUGUAUUGCGAAGAGGAUUAGCUCAUCAUGACCACCAGAGGUAUUAGAAGGAAAAAAUCGUACCUGGCGGAGAUCAAGGUGGCCGUCAUCGGAGCACCAUGUGUUGGGAAAAGUGCAUUAACUGUACGAUUUCUCACAAAACGCUACAUUGGAGAGUACGACCACCAAGCAGAGAAUCGACACAAAUACGAAAUCAUGGUUGACGGUGAGGCAGUCCUGUGCGAAAUUUGGGAUACAUGUCCGAAGAUGGAAGAAAAUGCCGAAACUCUUUCCUUAACCGCCGGUUCCGAGACAGUGCAGUGGGCGGAUGGGUUGCUGCUCGUUUACUCCAUCACAGAUCGCGACUCGUUUAACUUUAUAAGAAAGGCGAAGGAAGAGCUGGCCGGUGAUAUGCCUGUGGCGCUGGUUGGCAACAAGGUUGACAUGGUGCAUCUGCGUCAAGUCAGCACGGACGAGGGCGAAAUCUUGGCGAAAGACUUUGAGUGCAAGUUCUUCGAAAUAUCGGCUGCCGAGCACGUCUACCAGGUGGCGGAAGCAUUCCUUGAGCUGUGUCGUGAGGUGCUGACGGGCAAGCGAAAGUCAAAGCAGAGCUUCAUCGACAAAAUAGACCGUAUGUUGAGUGGUUCGCGGACAUACAACCGAGGGAAGAGUGAUAGCAUUUCUCCGAAAGAGUGAAUUCGG